AUGGCACGACGUGGGAUUUCCAACUACGAACCUUCUGGUGGACCGCAGCAGUUCAACAUCUUUUGGCAGGAGACGCUGCGCUCCAGCAACGAUGGUAUCUCUGGCAUAAAGCAAGCCUAUGAUCUGCCAGCCAAGAGUUCCUUCAAAAAUGUGACCACCACAAACCGUGAACUCAUGGGCAAGCCGCGCGACUUUGUGCUUGCGGCUCCCAAUCCUGAGCUCCGCAUGGCUCUGGCCGAGCCGAGCGGAGAUUUCGGUCGGGCCGGGCGCAGCAGCUGGCACUACAAUCUCAGCCGCCCGCUUGGCCGGAAGGUGAAGCUGCAUUCAAUGGCUUCUGCCAGCUUUGAUGGUGAGCAUCUGCCCCACAUGGCAUCACUGACGGGCACGUGGUCGACUCUGAAAUACGGCUGGAACGGCACAGCAACGGCAAACGCCCAAACCUUCAACACGAUAUUUCCAGCCGUUUCUGAUGACGAGCGGCCGCAACUCUCCAGACCCUCAACACACGCAGGUACGUCGAUAGAAGCGGCCUUGCGACUGGCUAGAUCGCCACGGCGGAGCCUGGUGCCAGUCGCUGGGACACCUGGGACUGCAUCGAGGAAAGGCGAAUUCGAAGCUUUGCUAAAUCAGUCGGGUCUGUCCACUUGGACAGAGUUUGCGCCCAGCAUACGCCACCCUCGACUUUGGUAA